AUGUACCCAGCACUGCAAGUCCCUCCACAGGAUCGCGGCAGCUUAUACCGCCUGUUUCUGUCAAGCAGGAGUAGCGUGAAAGCAAAAUCAAUUGCUAUUCAUCCUGAGGACGUUUCUCGACUGAACGAAGGCGAAUUUCUAAACGAUACUUUGAUUGAAUUCGGCCUCAAAUAUAUCCUUGCAAAUCUGGAAAACAGAGAUCCGGAGCUAGCUGAUCAAACCAAGGGCAUUCGAUAUGACGCCGUCAAGAGCUGGACCAACAAAAUCGACCUGUUUUCCAAGAAGUACAUUAUCAUCCCUAUCCACGAAAACGUGCAUUGGUAUCUUGCUAUCAUCACUAACCCAGGACUUCUCUUGAAGGAAUCCAGUGAUCCUCGCUUGGGACCGAAUUCUGCGCCGGAUCCUGGCAGCGAUUCCGAAACUAAAUCGCCAUCCCCAGUCUCGAAUGAUGUUUUCUCCGAGAAUUCAAGUGCCGAUAAACAUGAAGACAUCUCACUAAAAUCUCCUCUCUCAAAGACAUUGCGGUCCCUUCAAUUGAUGCGUGCAACGCAACAGGGUGAUGAUGAUACGGCUCCCUCGAGAAGAGUUUUGCGAUCUUCCCUACAAAUUCCUGUGGAUGCGGAAGCAAAGUGGGUUCCCGCUUUCAGCAGAAAACACUAA